AUGGAGAGUCAAAAGAAGAGGGACGAAGCCUACCAAAAGGCAAUGCAGGAUCUGGUAUCGAGCCUGGGAUCUGGAGGAUCCAGGACAAAAACAGAGGUACCAGCGGGCACGUUAGCCCCAACGUCGGUAACCCUACCGACAGAGUUAACCAACUUGCUGCGGAAACAAGCAGCAACAUCUUUACCCAUGUUUCAUGGGUCAUACAAGGAGUGGCCGAACUUCAAACGUUUGUAUGACGAAAGCAAACAAACAGGAAACUUCAGCGAUGCUGACAACGUGAGCCGUCUGAUGGCUCAAUUAGGAAAAAGGCCAAAAUCAUACGUCAGCGCCCUAAUGAUGGACCCUGGCAACGAAAGGCAGAUCAUCGAAACACUAUCAAGUAUAUACGGCCAACCAAUGGCGAUAUACAACGAACUGUGGGCAGACUUAACCAGGUUGAGGAACCCAAGAAUGGAAAACCCACAAACAAUGAUCGAGUUUGUGGUCACACUAGGGAAUUUAGUGUGCAACAUGAGGAUGAUAAACCAAAGAUCAUACCUCAACAACCCACUCCAUCUGGCAGAAAUAGUAGAAAAGCUUCCCUUGAACAUCAGAGAGCAGUGGGCCGAUAAAGAAACUAACUGUCUUAUGCCCAUGGAAGGGCAAGAACCAAUCAGAUUAACAUUGGAAGAUCUGUACAACUUUUUGGUGCCACAACAAAGAAAGGCGACGCUACUUUUGGCCCAAAGAGUGAAUUAUGAAAAACCUUUGCUGAGAAACGAAAAUCAAGGCAGAACGAAUGUCCACAAUGAAGGCAUCAAGCAAAAUUGCUCCCACUGCUCCCAACAGCAUAGGAUAAACAUGUGUGAAGCUUUCAAAAAGCUCGAUAGCAAGAAGAAACAGCAAAUAGUCCAAGAUAAACGGUUAUGUUUCAACUGUCUUGGUAAAAACCAUCAAAGUAAGGACUGCAAGUCCACCCGAACAUGUGCAGUGGCGGGAUGUAAACGUCGACAUCACACGUUGCUGCAUGAACGAUCUACUUUGAAGGAAGAACCGAAAGCUAAGAAGGUUCAGAAUCCAGCCGAAAGGGAAACAUCAGCCAAAAACACAAGACAAGAAGGAACACCAUCAACGUCAAAGGACAUCGAAGUGGAAGAGGAAAGGACAAACCUGCAUGCCGUGAGGAAGAACAAAAUAUACUUCCAAGUUAUUCCAGUAACAUUAUCAGCAAGAGGGAAAUCCCUCGAUACUUUCGCCUUUCUCGACCACGGUUCCUCGAACAGUUUGAUUCUAAAAGAUGCAGCUGAGGAACUUGAGUUACAUGGACCAUCCUCACCCCUUAAAAUGUUGUGGACCAACGAAUCGGAAUAUUCUGACCCAGAGAGUCAGCUGGUGUCGUUUGGUAUCAAAGGUACUAAUAAUAUAACCCAUUCGAUGAGAAACGUCCGCACAAUCAGAAAACUCUCCUUGCCGAGACAAACACUGGAUUACGAUGAAUUAAAGGAAAAAUAUCGUCAUCUAAGAGGACUUCCAAUCCACGGGUAUCAAAACGCUAAACCGACCUUGUUAAUUGGGCUAGAUCAUCCCUUAUUAUUGACACCAACGAAUCAGCGUGUCAGCAAAGAAGUUUCAGUAGCGGCUAAAACACCACUGGGAUGGACCAUACACGGGAACGACAAAUUGGAAACAGACUCAAUCUUCACGUGUAUUCAAAUGGAGACAGAAUCUCUAAGAGAAGAAAUUCAAAAAUUCUUCUCUACGGAAGAAUUUGGCGUGAAAGUAACGACGAUAGACGAACGUAGUACCGAAGAAAAAGUAAAGCCAACAACAACCACGGAAGAGGUGAAAAUAUUCAAGAUAGACCAAAUACCCGAUGUAAAAUUGCAGCUAAAUUGGUGUUCAAACUGGCAGAAGUUGCGGAAAGCCGUAGGAUAUUGGAUCUUCUACGUCCGAAAACUCCAAUCGAAAGUGCGAGGAAAACCAUACCGAAACUUUGUAACGGUCAGCGACUACAGAAAUGCCGAAAUAUUGAUCAUAAAACAAACACAAAGAGAAUCAUAUCCACAAGAUUUAAUCACGCUAGAAAACAACGGAAGGGUUGAAGUGAACAGCUCCAUAGCUGAACUAGAACCAACACUUGACAGUGAUGGGGUAAUAAGAACUACCGGUAGAUUGGACAAAGCAAGAUCACUACCAUACGCAGUCCGACACCCAAUAAUAAUUCCAAAUAAGCACCACGUGACCGACCUCAUUACGAAGGAUCACCACGAGAGAUUCCUCCAUCGCCAAUUGGAAGCAGUAAUUGCAGCGAUCAGACUAAACUUCUGGAUAGUAAACACCCGCAGUGCAGUUAAACGCGCAUUCGCGAAAUGUCAGUGGUGUAAAAACCAAAAAUUCACCCCGCAAGCACCUUAA